CAUUCUUGACAUCGAUUUCAUUCAACCGGUAACAUUUAAAGUUUAGUAAACAUUUGGUUUUUUUGCUGACAACAUCUCUGUAUAUUAAUUUUCAUUUCAUUACAAGAUGUUUGUUUCGGCAUAUGUUUUUGGAAUUCUCAUCACUCUGUUUCUGUUACUCAUGAGUUAUUUUUGGAACAAGAGAAGAAUGUACAGACUGUCCCUAAAGCUGCCAGGACCAAUAUCUUUACCUGUCAUAGGAAACGGAUUACAGUUGUUGUGCUCUCCUGAAGAUAUGUACGACCACUCUUUGGGUAUUUUUCGAAGAUACCCAAGUCCAAUGAGUUUUUGGUUUGGUCCAAAAUUUUCGAUAAUUUUUAAAGAUGCUACACAAGUGGAGAAAAUUUUUACUUCUACAAACUUAUCCUACAAAGACGAUGUUUACAAGUUUAUAGAAGUCUUCGAAGGACAGUCCCUUAUUGCUGGUUCAGGCCCUAAAUGGAAAAAGGACAGAAAACUUCUGUCCUUUUUGUUCACGAAGAAAAACAUAAUGAAAUGCUUUGAUGAUGUAGUGAAACACAGCAAAACAUUAACAAAUUUUUUAGAGCAUAAAGUCGAUAAGGCUGCUUUUAACGUUGAACACUACAUACACCGGGCUGUCACAGAUUUUAUCAAUGAGUCAUAUUUGGGAAUUAAAAUCAAUUCUCAAGCUGGAGAGUUGGAUGAUUUUCUGGAUAAAGUGCAAAGAAUUUACAAGUUGAUAUAUAAAAGAAUUGUGAAACCUUGGCUCCAGGUUGAGUUUUUCUACAAACUGACGCCAAUAUACAAGGAACAAGAAAUUUGCAAAGAAGUUAUACACGGCUUUUUUUAUAAGGUUUUAAAUGAUGCAAAAGAAGAUUACGAAAAAAGUCAAUCGAAAGAGGAUGAAAACAAAACUAUUCUGGAACAAAUCAUCGAGAUCAGAAAAAACGUUCCAGAUUUUGCCACAGAUGAGGAGAUGGUCCAUCACAUGUUGACACUAUACGCAGCUAGUGAAGAUACCAUAAGCCAAGUGAGUUCUUACGUUUUGGUUAUGCUUGGAAUGUACCCUCACUAUCAAGAAAGAGUAGUAAAAGAAAUCGACGCUGUACUGGGAAAAGAAGAUAUAAGAGAAGACGAUAUAUCAAGAUUAGAAUUUAUGGAGAUGGUCAUAAAGGAAGUGAUGAGACUUUUUCCUAUAGCACCGUUCAUUAUGAGGAAGGCUGUUGCCGAUACCGAAGUUGAGGGAUACACUAUUCCUAAAGGCGCUUCUGUCAUGAUAGCCAUUAGCCUGAUGCAUAGAGAUCCAGUCCAUUGGGAAAAGCCAGACGAAUUCUACCCGGAACAUUUUUAUCCAGAAGCAGUUCAAAAACGCCAUCCUUAUGCCUACGUGCCUUUCAGCGCAGGCUCUAGACAAUGCAUAGGUAAAAUAUACGCCUACAUGGCCAUGAAAAUCGUGCUUGCCACCUUUUUGCAAAAGUUUAGCGUUGAGGCGGAUGGUACUUUACAAGAUAAAGCUCUAACUGCUGAUAUAAGUGUCAGAUUCAAAGAUGGGGUUUACCCUGUCAGAAUAAAGAGAAGAACAAUGAUGUUAUUAACGUAUUUUAUUAGUUUCAUAAUUACUAUAGUUUUGGGGUUAAGUGCAUAUUUUUGGAGUAAAAGAAAAAUGUACAGGCUGUCUUUAAAGUUACCUGGACCAGUAUCAUUACCUGUCAUAGGAAACGGAUUGGAAUUCUGGUGCAAAGAUGAAGAUAUUUUUGAACGAGCUGUGAGCUGUAUCAGAAAAUAUCCAAGCCCCUUAAGUUUUUGGUUUGGUCCAAAGUUCUCCAUAGUAUUUAAAGAUGCUACCCAAGUGGAGAAAAUUUUUAUGUCGUCCAAUUUUUCUUACAAAGAUGACAUUUACAACUUUAUGAAAGAGUUUGAUGGGGAGGCUCUAAUUACAGGAUCUGGUACUAAAUGGAAAAGAGAUAGAAAACUAAUGUCCUUUAUGUUUAAUAAGAAAAACACAAUGAAGUAUUUUGAUAAUGUUUUUAAACAUUGCAAAUUACUGAUGCAAAUACUAGAAAAGGAAGUGGAUCAGCCUAGUUUCAAUGUACAACAAUACAUUAAUCGUGCCGCUACUGAUUUUGUUAAUGAGUCAUUUUUGGGUGUGAAGUUUCAUGCACAAACUGGAGAAUUGGAUGAUUUUUUGGACAAAAUUGCAAGGACUUAUGCUUUGGUACACAGAAGGAUGGUCAAACCAUGGCUACAAGUAGAGUUUCUUUACAAACUCACCCCCACCUACAAGGAACAGGAACUUUGCAAAGAGGUUAUCCACGGAUUCUUUUAUAAGGCAUUGAACCAAGCGAAACAAAACUAUGCACAGUCUAAAGAUAAAGAUGAACUAUCAAAAACAAUGUUGGAACAAAUAUUAGAAAUAAGGAACGAUGUGCCUGAUUUUGCAACGGACGAAGAAAUCGUACAUCACUUGGCAACACUGUAUUCAGCGAGUGAAGACACCAUAACUCAGAUCAGCUCAUAUGUCUUGGUUUUGUUGGGCAUGUAUCCUCAUUAUCAGAAGAAAGUGGUCGAAGAGAUAGAUUCUAUUAUUGGAAAAGAAGAUGUAAGAGAUUGUGAUUUAGUCAAGUUUGAGUACCUGGAUAUGGUGAUAAAAGAAGCUUUAAGACUAUUUCCUAUUGGUCCUUUUAUUUUAAGAAAAUCUCAUGAAGAUGCCGAAAUUGGUGAAUACUUUAUACCUAAAGGAACAACAGUUAUGGUGGCAAUUCAUCUCAUUCACAGAGAUCCUGUACAAUGGGAAAAACCAGAAGAGUUCUAUCCUGAGCAUUUUAUGCCAGAGUCUGUAAAAAAGCGGCAUCCUUAUGCUUUUGUGCCGUUCAGUGCUGGAGCCAGACAGUGUCUAGGAAAGAUCUACGCUUACAUGGCAAUGAAAGUAAUAAUUGUUACUUUCUUGCAAAGGUUCGCUGUUGAAGCUGAUGGAUCCUUACGUGACAAAGAACUGACAGCCGAUAUUAGUGUUAGAUUUAAAGAUGAAACAUAUCCUAUUAGAAUUAGAAAACGACAUUGACAUAUCAUCAUCUUCAACUUGACAUCAUCAUCUUCAACUUAUUCAACCAUUUCCAAUUAUGGUGUAGCCGCCCUCACAUAUUUAGAUACCCUCUUUGUAGUUGGGCUCAUUGUUUAGGCCUAUUGUAUAAGCCUAUUUGUUUUGUAACUACUUAUUAUAGUCAUAGAUAAAAGAACUAAGAUUAUAGUAAUUAGUUAAUUUAGAUGUGAUAGAAAAAUGAUUUAAUUAAUGAGAAUCCAUGUUAAAUAGAACAAAAUAUCCUUUAUUGGUAUAAAUAAUUUUUCUGUAUCCAGUUUGGGUUAGAAUUAUUAUAUUGAUAAUAAGGCAUUUUCAGUUAUUUUUUUUAUAAAAUGCAA